AUGUUAGACAGUGCAACAAGACAUCUCUUUCGUCAUGUCCUUCGCUGCAGCCCUCGACAGGUUCAGCUUUUUCAUCGUCGGGCAGUUGCAAACAAGUCAAACGCUGGCGGAACGGAUGACCCGGCACUCUACUGCCAAGAUUUGGUUAGAAAACAUGAUUACGAGGGCUUCUUAGUAUCGUUUGCAUACCCGGCGGGUCUGCGCAACGCGUAUUUCGCCUUGAAGGCGUUCAACGCAGAGCUUGCGAUGAUUCCGGAGAGUACGUCACAAGCUACGAUUGCUCAAAUGAGGUACCAAUUCUGGAAGGACGCCGUUAAGGCGGUUUACGAGGGACAAGCUCCACAGCAACCCAUAGCUCUUGCAUUGCGUGGGGUAGUCCCAGCAGUCCCAGCGUACCACCUUUUGCGAAUGAUAGACGCACGAGUUGCCGAAGUCACAAACCCGGGCUUCAUGUCCGUCGACGACCUCACCGCACAUGCAGAAUCCACAUCGUCAACCCAACUGUACACGCACCUCUCCCUCCUCAGCCUCUCCUCUUCCUCUCUCUACUCGCACGCUGCCUCGCACAUCGGAAUCGCAAACUCGUUUGCAACCAUCCUCCGUGCGCUCCCAUUCCAAGCGAGUAAACGGCGCCUUUUCCUGCCGGCAGAGUUGACCGCGAAACAUGGAGUGUCUCAAGAAGACGUGUUCAGACACGGCGGUGACGCCCAGGGUAUCGACGAUGCCGUAUACGAGCUAGCCUCGUUAGCAUAUCAACAUAUUAGCACUGCGCGCGGGAUGUUUGACAACGCACAAGUCCCCCGAGAGGCUCUACCCAUCUUUCUUAGCGCGAUCCCCACCAUAUCCUACCUUCAACGCCUAGAAGCACACAGCUUUCACGCGUUUGAACCAAAGCUCCAAACAAGGGAUUGGAAGCUACCAUAUAGAGUAUGGCAGGCGAAUCGACGAAGCACCUUCUAG